AUGCCCAUAACACAGUUUUGGAUUAAAGUUAAAUCUGAAUAUCCAGUUUUACAUGAAAAGGCAGUUAGGAUGUUACUACCUUUUUCAACAACGUACUUAUGUGAAUCAACAUUUUCAGCAAUGAUGGGAAUUAGAAAUUGCUCUGAAAAUGAUGGAUUUCUUAACCCUUCAAAUGCAUUAAUAUCAAGUGAUCAAAUGCCAACAUUUAAUCCAAAUUGUCCCAUAACAGAGAGAUCAGCUUUAGAUGAUUUAGUAUCAAAAAUUGUUGAUGAGGAUCAAUACAGUAAUAAUGGAUUGGCUGAGCAUCCAGAAACUUUUGCACUAUAUUCAAAUAAUGAUGUAUUUUCUACAUUUGAUGGUUUUCCAUACAACAAUAUGUGGUCAGGAGGAAAUUAUAAUGUAGGAAAGAAAAGAGUUUCACAAAAUUUUGGUAUUCAGAAUACUCUGAAUUAUGGUGAUACUGGAUCUGGUGACAAAAGUGGAAAUUUUAGGAAUUUUACAAAUGAUUAUUAUGAACCAUUUUUCAAUACAGAAAAUGAUGUAACAGUAUAUCAAGGAAAAAAUAAACUAUAUAAUACACAGAAUUAA